AUGCAGCCGCCCGCUGAGGUCCACAUCACCGGCCAGCUCAUUGCCGGACCAGCCAGCCCGGGACCCCAGAGGGAAAUUUUGGCCUUGAUUGCCCCGCCCAACAACAACGCGUUGAGGCUUGAUGAUGAUCCAGUCGUCUUCACCCCGACCCAGCGGCUGUACGCUGAUCUUGGCUUAGAGCCUGUCAGCAAGCACCUGUUGACCUGUUACUAA